GCGACAGUUAUUGACACUGUGAGCAGCUUUUUUGUUUAUUUUGGUGCAUUUACAGCGGACAGAAUGUCUUUAUUCGUGUUGUCAGGUUUAAACAGAACGUUAGGAUCCACACUGAGGCUGUGCCAGCCUAAAAACCUGCUUCGAUCGCACAUUCCAGCAGGAGGACGAUGGUGUACAAGGUCCAUGAGCAGUAGAGAAGUGGUGCAUGGUGCAGCAGGAACAUGGAGCAGGUACAGGAGGGCAGUGCUGAUGACCACAGGUGUGGUGGGCAUGAUGGCAGCCGGGCUGUACCAAGUUCAGCGAGCAGAGAUGGCCACCAGGCUGAAGAAGGAGAAGGUGGAAGAUGAGGGUGAUAUCAGGGAGAGGAGCAGUAAGUUCAUGUCCCCACCGGUCACAGAUCUCCAGGUUCUGGAGAAGAAGAAGCAUGAGAUGAGCAGCAGGAUGGAGAUGCUGAUCAUGGAGACCCAGGCCGAGUUCUGUAAAGCCCUGCAGGAGGUGGAUGGAGGAAAGUUCAAGGUGGACCGGUGGAACCGUGAAGAAGGUGGAGGCGGGAUCAGCUGUGUUCUGCAGGACAGUAAGGUGUUUGAGAAAGCCGGAGUGAACGUGUCGGUGGUGUCCGGUCACCUCUCAGAAGAAGCCGCCAAGCAGAUGCGCAGCCGGGGCAAAUCGCUCAAGGCGAAGGACGGGAAGCUGCCCUUUAUUGCCAUGGGCGUCAGCUCGGUGAUCCACUCCAAAAACCCCCACAUUCCAACAGUGCACUUUAACUACAGAUACUUCGAGGUGGAGGACGCCGACGGCUCUAAGCAGUGGUGGUUUGGGGGUGGUACUGAUCUCACCCCCGUGUACAUCGAUGAGGAAGACGCCGCUCAUUUCCACGGGGUUCUGCGUGACGCGUGUGAUAAACAUCACUCACAGUACUACCCCGACUUCAAGAAAUGGUGCGAUCGCUACUUUUUUAUCCGGCACCGAAACGAGACCAGAGGCAUCGGGGGGAUUUUCUUCGAUGAUCUCGACUCGCCGAGCCAGGAGGAGGUGUUCAAAUUCGUGAGGAGCUGCGCCAAGACGGUGGUGCCGUGUUACCUGCCCAUCGUCCAGAAACAUCUCAACGACAGGUUCACCCAGGAGGAGAAGGACUGGCAGCAGAUCCGACGUGGCAGGUACGUGGAGUUUAACCUGGUCUAUGAUCGGGGUGUGAAGUUCGGUCUGGCUACUCCAGGAUCCAGGAUCGAGAGCAUCAUCAUGUCUCUACCGCUCACUGCCAGAUGGGAGUACAUGCACCAGCCGAGCCCCGGCACCAAAGAAGCCGAGAUGCUGGAGGUCCUGCGCAACCCGAAAGAAUGGAUCUGAACCGCGCCCACACGAACUGAAACCUCAUCCUGUCCCUGAUCCUGUCCCUGAUCCUGUGAAGUGCCACAAAAGAGCUUUUAUAUGACUGAAUAUCUUAAUAAAAGCAGCUCUGCUCUGCCAACAUGAGAGCCGGCCGCUGUGGCCUCUGUCGACUGGCCGUGUUUUGUUCCUCUCAGGACUUGAACGUUGCUUCUGCCUGUUUAUGUUUCUGUUUUUCUUCUUACAUGCUUACGUGAUCGGUUUCAGGUUUUCCUGAUCAUCACUUUUAUUUCCACAUUUAUCAGAAAUAUGAAUAUGUGAGGGUAACAGGACUGAGUGACUAAAACAUGGAUUUUAACCACAAUAUUAUACAUUUAUUAUGGAAUAUAAAGAUUAAAACAUAGAUGGGA